GCCCCGGAACUAGGAGUUUUCCGACACCACUAGUCAAGCUGUCCCGGCUGGCGGCUAUUCAGACGCUAACAACAUCUACGGAAACCAGGUGGACGUUCAGCCUAUCGAUCAAGUGCGCUUUGAGAAUCAUCAGGCCUAUGAGAGUGUUCUCGCCCCUACUCUACAGCCUCCAGUGACCUUACGAGACGUUUGGGAUCAAGCUGAACUCAGAAGCGCGACAACUGCCUCUGCGGCGAACCCACUCGGGUUCCGGGAGUACAUCACGGACGAAGGCUUGACCACCUUUUAUCCGCCCAUCCCAAGUUGGCCUGAAGACGAUGACUUAUCGCCACAUGUGCCUACAGCUCAACCGUCUGCAGUGACGCCUCCGGUGACAACUCUGGCGACGACCCCUGACCAUGGAUACAACGAUCUUCCAGCUCCUUUGCCUCAGGAUGGAUCCCAUAUGUAUCCCCGCUUGCAGAAGCUGAUGUCUGGAGAGGUAGACCAUCUACCCCUUCUGAGCGAUCCGGCCCAGCCCCCGUCUUCCGGAGCUCUUCAGCCCAUGGGUCAUGCCGCCAACCAAGCAGCCAUGGCGACAACGCCCAUUAGAGAGGCUCAUACCCCAGAGACCCGCGCGAGACAGCGACACCACGCAGGUGACGACUUGGAAUUCUUACGUUACCACACUCCGUCAAAUGCGAGCCUUCGCCAGCCUCCGCACGCAACGCAACAGUUUCCUGGUUCGCAAGCUGCCAAUGGGUUCUAUGAGCAACUUCUCAUUGUCAACUCCGGAAUGCCGGGCGAAGACCUGCGGCUGCGACUUCAGCACGAGAGAGAUGCCCGGGACAAUCAUCGGCGGGCUCAAGGGCAUCUUCAGCCUCAAGAGCAUCUCAGGUACCAACAGUACUCGUCUUUUCCUGAGCAGCAUUCCGGGAUGGAAGUCAAGCAGGAGAAUGCUCAGGUGCCUAUUCAGGAAGCUCAAAACGCGGUCAUCAACAACCAAGUGGGCAAGGUCAUCAAACAGGAAGCCCAGGCAUUGGGAGAUCUCGAGAGCCAGCAUUACGUGCGAAAGUACGUGGCAGUGACUAGAGAGGACUACGCUUAUAUGGCCUAUUACUCGGGGGCUGACUUGAUGGCCCGCGAGGGAAUGGCUGUUCCUCGGCCCAAGCAGCUGAGACCAGCCCAGAAGGGUGACCCGGAUGGUGAGUACAUCUGGUCUGUUUGAUGGCCACGCUGUGCCUUCUUACGGGGCCAUGUCCAUUCUGCCUCAAGCGGCAACAUGUUCUUGGUGGAUAUCUAGGCACUUGCUGAGGUGAUACGGGUUUUCUGGUUCUCGUGGGUUUCACUUUCUGGGAUGGAUCUUUGCGCUUUUCGC